UAGACGCGCAUCCAUGCAGCCGGGGCGACGGGGGCCACUGCUCGGGUGUGCAAUGUGACGCGGGGUCGACUGGAAGGAAAGGCUGGGUACAACACCGCGCGGGAGGAGGACGUGUUUAACCAUUAACCGGCAUUAACCACCGCGGCAGCUGUGCGGGAGCCGGUACCGUGAGGCUACAUAAAGGCGAGCGCACCCGGCGUCCACGCCUCAGCCGGAGCGCGUUACCAAGAGGUGGAGGGUACAUCCAGCCGGCCGCGCGAAGCGCGUCUGCUCUUACCGACUUCUCACUCUUCCGGACCCCGCUGACACCACAAGGUGACUGUCCACUCUGGUUGGAGGGGAACCUUUCCGCAGGCUGUAAUUCAAUCUUCAUACCCUUAAAUAUCUCCCUUGAAAACCUCCCAGCAUCCACGUGGUGUAAGGUGAGACAUUCCCAACCUGGCACACUCGCCAGUCUGACAUGACCAGUGCACUGAGAGCAUGACCAGUCAUCGCUGCAAUCUGCCCACUCCAGACCUGAUUUGAUUUGAUUUUUUCUGCAGCUCACAUUGAACUUUCCGAGGACUGUUUACAAGUGACUUGUAUGGGAUUUCUCUGGCGAGUCCCAGAGCCUAUUGUUGUCUUUUUCUCUUCCGAUUUGAACAAGUAUGCCCUCUUCUUUUUUUUGCCGGCCUACCCUGAGCACCUUGCAGUGAAUGGAGAACAUACUGGUUCUGCUCCCGAAGCACCGACAGGAACACAGGGUCAGCAGACGCACGGCUGCGUGUUGCUCGCUGCAGGUUUUUCCCUCCAGUGCUGUCUUCUCCUGGUCUUUAGUAGCAACCCCAACUCCCUGUCAGGCUCUUUAAUGGGAUAAAUUAAUUGGACUGAUCAGGUUCAAAACCAGAUCAGGUGGCCGAUUCCAUUCUAACUUCCCUGAAACAACUUGACCUUUUCUUGUCAAGCCCGCUGUCCUCCAAAGGCGUCCGCAUGGUACUUUGGUCGAAAGAGCAAGAAAAACUCCCUGACAUCGACAUGUCCUCCGGAGCCAUUGAGGAGAAGAUGGAGGGAGGGCCCCCGACAUCGGCCCUUCUCAACUCCAACUGCACCGUCCACCCGGUGAUCCUCACCGAGGGCCCCGAGGAGGUGGACCUGGGGACCGGCGGCGAGUUAGAGCUCAAAGAGGUCACAUCUUUAACAGAGAAGGCCAGUGAGACCGGGGAGGAUGAGGAGAGGACGGAGAUUGUGGUGGCAAUGGACUGCCGGGCCAACGCCAAAGGUCAACGGGAGGAGGACGCUCUCCUGGAGAACGCCAGCCAGAGCAACGAGAGCGACGACACCAGCACCGACCAGAGCCCAGAGCCGCCGGUCCCCCUCAAGGAGACCUCCUUCUCCGUUGGCCUGCAGGUGGUCAUCCCCUUCCUGCUGGCCGGGUUCGGGACGGUGGCGGCUGGAAUGGUGCUAGACAUUGUUCAGCACUGGACGGUGUUCACGGAGGUGUCAGAGGUGUUCAUCCUGGUUCCAGCACUGCUGGGGCUCAAAGGCAACCUGGAGAUGACGCUGGCCUCCAGACUUUCCACAGCGGCUAAUAUUGGUCAGAUGGACUCGGCCAAGAACAUGUGGAAGAUGAUAAUGGGGAACUUGGCCCUCAUCCAGGUCCAGGCCACAGUGGUGGGCUUCCUGGCCUCCAUUGCUGCUGUGAUCUUCGGCUGGAUCCCAGAGGGACGCUUCAGGCUGGGCCACGCCGUGCUGCUGUGUGCCUCCAGUGUGGCGACUGCCUUCAUUGCCUCUCUGCUGCUAGGGCUCAUCAUGAUCGGUGUGAUCAUCGCGGCCAGGAAAGUCGGCAUCAACCCUGACAACGUGGCCACGCCCAUUGCCGCCAGCCUCGGAGACCUGAUCACUCUGUCCCUGCUGGCAGGCAUCUCAACUGGACUCUACAAGGAGCUAGAGUUCAAUGACUACGCUAGCCCGCUGGUGUGUGCGGUGUUUGUGGCCUUGUGCCCCCUUUGGGUGCUGAUAGCUAGGAGGAUCCCCUCCACCAGAGAACUCCUGUACUCUGGCUGGGAGCCAGUCAUCAUCGCCAUGGCCAUCAGCAGUGUUGGUGGCUUGAUUCUCGACAAGACUGUCACCAACCCAAACUUUGCUGGCAUGGCGGUCUUCACCCCGGUCAUCAAUGGAGUGGGAGGUAACCUGGUCGCGGUUCAGGCCAGUCGAAUCUCCACCUAUUUGCACAUGAACGGUCUACCCAUGGGGGAUCCCAACCCCACCCCCAGGAAGUGCCCCACACCCUGCACCUCCUUCUUCGGCUCUUCUGUGAACUCCCGUUCAGCCCGCGUGCUCUUCCUCCUGGUCGCCCCGGGUCACCUCGUCUUCCUCUACACCAUCAACUCCCUGAGGGGGGGACACACCACCCUGACAGCCGUCUUCAUCACCUUCUACAUGGUUGCUGCGCUACUACAGGUGUUAAUCCUUCUCUACCUGGCAGACUGGAUGGUGCACUGGAUGUGGGGGCGGGGCAUGGACCCCGACAACUUCUCCAUCCCCUACCUGACCGCUCUGGGCGACCUGCUGGGGACCGGCUUCCUCGCCCUCUGCUUCCACAUGCGCUGGUUCAUCGGUGACACGGAGGCCAACGCGGGCAACUGAAUGCAUGCACAGCGACACGCACACACAAAAAACAACAACAACAACAAAAAACAUGUACUCUACGCUCGCACGGACAGUGACGAACAUCGCCCGUAUGUGUGGACAUUACAUUAUCUGAAAGCGGACAUUGUCAACUAUAUAAGGGCUAAUCUCUUGUAGGGCUCCGAUUGAUGGUCUAGCAUUUAAAGGGGCAGUAACGUUUCAUCUUCAUUAUAUCAGGGUUUUUUUGCAACACAGCAGCCCAGAAUCCUCACAGUAUCUGAAACACACAUAUCUCCACCUCAACCAGUCAGCAAAGCCCCGCAGACUACCCCACUCCUCCUGUAUUUGACUUAAUAACUGAGUCCUACUGCUUUUGUUAUUAUCACACUAUUGACAAUGAUUACUAUUGUUGAUAAAUAAUGCAUUUGAUAUGAACUUUUCCAUGCGCAGGGCCAGUCCUCAUUAUUUUCAAUGGGAACGUUAGCCCUUACGUUUUUUUAAAAGAUCAAGUUUUAACACUUGAAACCAAGACAGCAAAAAACAAGCCUAGAAUGCUUAAUCACCAAGUGCUACGUCAUGUACAGAAUGAAUAUAUGUGUCUCAUUUCUGAUUUAGUAGAGAUUGCAAAGGGAUAGAAAUUGGGGGGAGGGGGAGGAAGGUUUACUACAGGGGACCGGACCGCAAGCGUAACAAGCUAAAUCCCUUCUUGCCAUCGCUCCCCGUCAGGUGGCUUGAUUUGAGACAACGAGUCUAAUUCUCAAGUCCAAUUCUCGACUCUAGAAUUCUCGACUCUAGAAUUCUGGACUCGGGAAUUAGGAACAUCAGAUUACGAUCCAACAAACGUUUACGUCGGUCACGACUAGAAGGGAUUUACCUCUGCUUCUUAUCAGCAGUUGAGAACCUUCUAAUUAAGGCCUAUUUAAAAGAUUAUGUUGCGUGCUCACGCUGGAGUCCGCAGAAGUUACACUGCUUCCCUUCUUUUUUUGGGGGGUGGGUCACAUCUACUAAAAACUGCCAUUACGAAAUGACCCGAGUAAUAUUUAUCUCUAUUUGACCAGCAAACGAAACAGUGGAAAAUAGUAUGUGUAAAACGACCAGUUAGGAAUUAUUGGUACACCUGACACGCAAACAUACCUAACUUUUGGCUGAAACUCACAAGGGUUUAUUGUGAAUGCCGAGAGGUUAGAGAGGUCUUAUUUAGCGGUUCCAGGUGAGGAUAGCACCAGUCCCCCCCUGUCUGAAGCCAUCCACCCACUUUCUACUGAAGCAAGCAAGUUGUUGUUAUUGCUGUUAUGUUGCCCAGGCCAGGCUUACAGUAAGUGAAUAGAAGCUCAACAUGCAGUGACUCACUGGAAACAACCUGCAGAGCUCAGCCAACUCAACGCCAUUGUUUUCUCGCAUUGAUAUAAUGUGUUGCGUUGCCUCAGCCAGCAUGUGUCCACUCAGGUUCAGCUGUCUGGUACUAGGGGAAAGGUUCCGAUCGCUGAUGUUUUGUGUGGAUAUUGGUUCUCUUUAAUUAGACAACUUUAGUGGCUUGUUGGGAAUCAAAAAUGGAGCGCUGAUCCUUUCCUAUGAAAGACAGACCAAUGAUGUUGUCUGAGGUUGGUUAACAGUUAGGUGACAGUGGCUACAGGAAGUUGUGGCAAACCCUUUUUUUAUGUAUGUUUGUGUUGGUUUUCUUUCCGUUGCCUUUGGAUUCAGAUUCACCGAAAGCACCAACCAGCUUAGCACUUAAAGCUGUCCUACGGAUCAGUCAAAGCAGCGCUGAUAAAAACCAAGUCACACUAAUGUGCAAAACAUAUACAUUUAGAUAAAUUCACUUCAAUGGAAUCAGUGGCAUGGAGAAGUAAUUCCGUAAAGUUCAACUUUACGGAAUUGUGAAAUUGACCAAUUAGCAAAACGUCUAUCGUAGCUUAUUAGCCGCGUUGCACCAUCCGCUUGUAUCUAUCCCUCCUCUGUCAGAGCACGAUUAAAGGUUCUCCAAGCUAACAAGCUUGUCAUCAGUUAGCAAGUUUCGUUAGCUUUUAUUUCCCUCUGUCCCCCUUAUAGUAACGCUAUGUCGAAUGAAAUGAUGUACAAUCUUGAGAACGAGGCACAGCGCAGAGAAAAUAGAAAGAAACCGGGAGAGCUGUUGUGACCGACUAGCGUUAGCUUGUUUCCUGGUUAGCUAUUUUCCCCAUUUUCUCGAGUACAUUUUGCUGUGCUAGUUUGUGGUGUGACCGGGCACCGAGGAAUUUUAUUACGUUUUUUUUCUUUUUUUCUGAUUAUGUAGAGUACGUUCUGGUAAACUAAGGAAGCCCUGGGUGGUCAAGAGAACUUUGGUAAUCCAUUUUUUUCGGAUACUCUCUAAAAACUUAAUCCUGGCAACUCUUCUUUUUUUUUUCACCUGGCAAAAUGUCCCCAUAUUUGCUUCACAGAUGAGAGAUACAUUUCAGGAAAUUGGAAAGAUCAUCCUGGCAAAACAUUUUUCUCAUCUGUUAAAUCAUAAACACAGGAAAGAAAACAAUUCAGAUCAGGUCUUUUUUUCUCACUUCCAGGCCUCUCAGGGCUUCUGUAUGUCACACAAAUAAUUGAUAAAAAUAACUAAUAAUAAUCUCUCUGGUGAGGGAGGAGCCUGACCUUUUGUAAGUGAAGGACUCGACUGGUCAAAAAUCGGUUUAACCUCAGUAACACUCUAUCUGCCGCCUGACUGUGAGACUCUGCCCUGAGCUGACUCUUUGAGGGCUCACGAGUCAUUUUCGACGGAAUGUACCGAGUACGAAUGCAACUUAGCCGACUUCUGUGCUGUUUAGAAGGGGCCAGCAGAACGCAUGUGCAGGGCACAUAAUGUGAAUGUGCAAAACUUGAUUAUUUUAUUUGUUAAAAAUCCUGUUAUGGUCUUACUGAUUUUUUUAUGUGUCAAUUAUGUGAUUUUUUUUUGCGGGGGUAGGGGGUUCUUUUCCUUUCCUCCUCUCCCUAAUCUUUUUAACUCUUCGUGAUUAUUAAAUUGAUGUCGUAAUAUCUCACCGGGCAAACAACCACUGUAAAGAUGAAGCAAGUUCUCCACGCUGGUCAAAGGCACAAUGUACUGUAAUCUGCAAAUGAAACGGACACCAGAGGGCGCUGCAGGGAUCCUCUUAAAUGUACAACUUUUUAGUGCAUCUCUGUGUCCUCUGGAUUCAAACCCGCACGAGUCCAACUGGAGUGACGCUUUUAUUUUGUCUUCUUCUCUACAGACGUGUUGUAAAAGUUGCAUCCUUCAUCCGUUCACUCUCAGUCUGUAUCCUCCACUCUCGACCGGGUGCCGCCGUUCUGCCUCUGUGUCAAAUGGAAAGUUGUGAAUACUUCUAUAAAAGGGGCAAGUAA